AUGGCGCAGCUGUUCUCUUCCUCUGCUCGUGUUGCCGCCCGCGCGGCAUCUAAGGCCGGCCAGGCGCAGUCGUCGAUGCUCACCUCGCGCACGUCGGCCAUUGCUGCGACUGCUGUGACCGUUGGCUCGAUCGCCUGGUACCAGCAGCUGUACGGUGAGCUCCCCUUCCUGGAGAAGCUCAGCGCGAACAGCCCCGCUGAGGACGGUUUGCACCCCCCGGCCUACCCCUGGCCCAACUCGGGCUUCCUUGACACCUUUGACCACGCCUCGAUCCGCCGUGGUUUCCAGGUGUACCAGGAGGUCUGCAGCACCUGUCACUCGCUCUCCCGUGUGGCCUGGCGUAACCUGGUCGGCGUUUCGCACACUGUCGAUGAGGUGAAGGAAAUGGCCGCCGAAGUCGAGUACGAGGACGGCCCCAACGAUGACGGUGAGAUGUUCCAGCGCCCGGGUAAGCUCGCCGACUACCUCCCGAGCCCCUACCCCAACGAGGAGGCUGCUCGUGCCGGUAACGCGGGUGCUCUUCCUCCGGACCUGAGCCUGAUCGUCAAGGCCCGUCACGGUGGUGCGGACUACAUCUUCUCGCUCCUGACUGGUUACUGUGACCCCCCUGCUGGCGUCACGAUCCCCGAGGGCAUGAACUACAACCCCUUCUUCCCGGGUACUCAGAUUGCCAUGGCUCGUGUUCUCUUUGACGGCCUCGUGGAAUACGACGACGGUACCCCUGCUACGACCAGCCAGAUGGCCAAGGACGUUGUCCAGUUCCUGCACUUUGCUGCUGAGCCCGAGCACGACGAGCGGAAGCGGGCCGGUUUCAGGGCCGUGAUCCUCCUCUCGGGUCUCUUUGCUCUCUCCGUCUGGGCCAAGCGCUUCAAGUGGUCGCCGAUCAUGAACCGCAAGAUUGUCUAUGACCCCCCGAAGGGCGGCAAGCCCCACCACUAA